UUUAAGUCAGUAAUAUUAAGUAAAUUAACUGUUUUAAAUGAAAAAUAAAGGCUGUGAAAAUAAUUAUCAAUUGAUUAAACUCUUAUUGAAUUCAGUAAUACUUAACUAUUUAAGAAUAAAAUAAUAUGCAACGACAUAUGGUUUGUCUUUUUAACUAUUGGAAAUAAAUCACAUACAGCUUGUUCUGUUCUGUAAAAAUGGAAAAUUCUAAUACUUCUUCAGCUGCACAAGUACAAUCUAAUGAUUUGGAUAAACAACAGGGUAGUGAGAAUGAAGUGGUUAAACCAAAGGAGAUAUUUAAUGGAAAUAAAGUAUUACCUAAUGACAGGCAAAUCCAUCCUAGUAAAACUAUGCAUGAAAUGACGCCAGGCCCAAAAAGAUAUCAAAAUAUUAAAAAGUCACCUGAUAAAGAACCAAAAUUUGUUCCCUAUGAGCCAUAUAAGGCUGCAGUUCGUUCAAUAGUGCCAGAGUUGGGUCAACCUUCAGUAGCCAUAUUUAAAAGAAGACUGUCAACUGCAUCUAAUUGCAGUAAAGUAUCCAAUGUAAAUGAAGACAAAGAAGACGUGAUAACUAUGCUGACUCAAGAAAAACAGAAUUUAGAAGAAGAGAUCCAUAAACUUAACUCACAGUUAGCUAAUAUGGAACUUCAAAUGGACUCGCAAGCACAAGUUAAUAAUGAACUUAAAAGUAUGCUUGUUGCAUCUAUUGGUGAAGAUAUAGAAGCCAAAAUACAAAUGCUGACCGAGGAUAAAGUAUUAUUGGCACACAAAUUGCUCAAUUUUACAGGAGCAUUAGCUGGUCGGCAAGAUCAAUUGGAAAAUAUUGCUGGAGAACGAGAUGUGUUACGGAGUAAAUUUUUAGCUGGCAGUUUAAUCGUUGAAGAUUUAUCUAAAUGGAAGUCAUUUCUGUGUGACCGUGUAGAUAAAUUAGAAGCUUCAUUACAAACAGUACUGGAUGAAAAUCGAAAAAAUAGACAUCUACUAAAAUCAGCACAUGAGAAUUUGAAGAUGUUACAAAAUUACUAUAAACUUGAAGUAUCAAAUAAACAUAAACAACUAGAUAAUACAAUAAUAGCUGAAGAUAUCAACAGGAUAUCACUAUUACUUAGAAAACAUUUACUAACUCAACAAAUUCAAGAACUUCAAGUACAUGCUGCUAUCCACCAGACACAAGCUGAAUCCCAAGCUCAACAAUUAUUGACACAGAAAAUGCCUAGAGAAAAAAUGAAUAAUGUAGAUGCAACAUGUAAUGCCAUAAUGGAAGCAUCACAAGCAUUAGAAUCUAAUAUUCAGUUAUGUUGUGGUCAUUGUACUGGAACUGUUAAACUUAUUUAAAAAAAAGUUGUUAUUUAUCAAAAUUUAAAAUUUUUUAAAUAUUUUAUUACU